AAUCCACCCCGCUUCGCCUAUCCUCACCCCCUCUAUGUAAUCCCUCUCUCUCUCUCCUCUCUCCGACAUCGAGAUCUUUUCUUCGAUCAAAUUCUUCAAUGGCUGCUCAAGGAGAAGGAUCUUCUUCAGAUCCUAAGAUUUCGAAGAAGGACUUCAGUACUGCCAUCCUCGAGAGAAAGAAAGCUCCGAAUCAAUUGGUCGUCGAUGAAGCGGUCAGUGAUGAUAAUUCGGUGGUUUCGAUGUAUCCUGAUACAAUGGAGAAGCUUCAGCUGUUUCGAGGGGAUACGGUUCUCUUGAAGGGUAAGAGGAAGGGGAUACCAUAUGCAUUGCACUUGCUGAUGAAACAUGUGAAGAACCCAAGAUUAGGAUGAACAAAGUGGUGAGAUCAAACCUGCGGGUGAGGCUUGGGGAUGUGCUCUCUGUCCAUCAAUGCUAGGACGUUAAGUAUGUGAAGCGAUUGCAUAUUUUGCCAACUGAUGAUAUUGUUGAAGGUGUCACUGGGAACCUAUUUGAUGCAUAUUUGAAGCGACAUUGAAAGGGAGAGGAGAAGAGGUGGGAAUCCUGAAGCUAUGGAAGAAGAUGAGGUGGAUGAGGCUGCAGAGAUAAAGGCUGCUCACUUUGAAGAGUCGAUGUAGUUUUGCUCGGAGAAGCGUGAGUGAUGCUGACAUCCGUAAGUACCAGGCUUUCGCCCAGACGUUGCAGCAGUGGAGGGGUUUCGGAAGCGAAUUCCGCUUCUCGGAGCGGUCAGAGUCUGCAGCUGUGCGUAUCUUGUUGCGCGUUAUGUUUGCUGCUUGUGAGAGUUCAAUCUCUAGUUUCCGUGAAAAUAAUUGACCAGGUUCCACAGGUUAGUUAGCAAUAUAUUCGGCUACUGCGUCGCUGUCUUCAGUCGUCAAAGUGAUCUGAUGCUUUCCGUCAUUCUGUUAUGCUUCAUCAUCGUUACAGUUGGUCUUUGGUUCAUGUAAAAGCGUCCGGCUUUUAUCUGCUGCUCUCUCCCAUUCUUUUCUCAACGAACUCUCUGCGAUUGCUGUGCUGCUUGUGUUUAUUUAGCAAAUUCCAACCCCGCUCAAUUUUCUCCCUGAGUAUCUAUUUGAAAGGGAAACUAUACUGUUUUUGCAAUGGAGCUUGUUUACAUCCAGAAAGAUGUUUAAUAAAACUGUCUGCUAUAACGCCCAUCAAAGGCCGGAGCGAUUUCAGGAAUUUUUUUUUAAUAUAUCGGGGACUGAUUUUACUUAUUA